AUGAGUUACCUACACGGCACCAACAACAAUAUGAACACCAGUGCGGCAAACCAUCAUCACCCUCACCAUGAUAGCAGCAACAUUAUGGACAUGAGUAUCAAGAGCAUUGACAUGUCGAGUCGCAGUAUCGACAUUAGCAGCAAGAGUACUACCAGGUCGGACAUUUUGGGUUCGUCUUAUAAACACCAUCAUCAUCACCAAUCGUCCAACAACAAUGGCAACAGCAUGUCCUUUUCCAAUAUCGCUACGGGCAUUGCCAUGCCGGCUUCGACGUCCAUGUUGGAGUCCAUUACACGUCACAACAACACGGGCGUCUCGUGUUUGGAAGGCACGGCGGAGCAGUUGGUCGAAGCCGGACACGCACUCAAGCGAGCGCUGGAAAAAGCCAACGCCAUGACAUUCUUCAAUGCGCAUGCAGGAUCGCUUCAGACGCUUCAUCGUCAUGCCUCACCCACUUCUAGCGCCAACAAUAAGGAGGAAGGAGAAGAAGUGAGCAAGAAUCUGUACAUUUACCAACGCGGCGAAUACGAUGAAGGCAUGCACACAUUCAGUCAACCACUGCCACUCGAUGCCACGGCGGGACUCUCCAUGCACGCCGUCACGUCCACCAUCUUGUUCAACUUGGGACAACUCUAUUUGCGCCUCAAUGAAGAACAAGAAGCCACCGAAGCCUUUUUGCAAGCGUUGCAGUUGUUGCACAUGGGAUCUCCUACCGGAAGUGCUACUGCGUAUGUUGUUACUACUUCUACUACUACUGUGUCGUCUUCUACUACGACCAACAGCCCCGUCUCGGCCACGGUGUCGUCGACCAAGGACUCUUCUUCUUCGUCCUCCAGCAAGAAAGACUCAGCCACAGCAGCACCUCCUCAAACGAUUUCCUUCUUGGCGCUCUACCACAACUUGGGCCACUUGCAGUACCGUCAAGGUCACUACGAAGAUGCCGUCCGAACGUACAGCAAGGCACUCGAAGUCGGACGCGCGUGUCCCACUCCAUCGUCCCAUCAACUCCUCGAACUCGCCGCCACUCUCAACUGUUUGGGCGUGCUUUGUUUUCAUUUACCCCAAGCCGAUACCGAACAAGCCAUGGCACUCUAUCAAGAAUCACUCACAUUGCGGUAUGCCGUCUUGGGCAAAGACGCCGCCACCAAGGAGAUUGCCACGACCCUCAAUAACAUUGGACGCGUCCAUUACAUGAAGGGACAACACGAAUUGGCGCUCACAUGGUACCAACGCGCCCUCGAAAUGCGCCGCCAUUUGUUGGGGCCCGAUCAUCUCGAUGUCGCCGCCACCAUUUACAAUGCCGGACAGACCCAUCAUCAACGCGGACAAUUGAGCGAAGCCAUGCGGCUCUACAAGGAAUUCUUGAGGAUUGCCCAACAACGUCUUGGUGUCUAUCAUCGCGAUGUCGCCACCAUGCUCAAGUGCAUGGCCCAGAUUCAUCACGAACAAAAAGAGUACGGACCCGCCGCCGAGUUGUAUGAACAAGCACUCCGAGUCGGCAAGGCCGCGCUCGGUACGUACCACCCCGAAGUGGCAUCGACGCUCAACAAAUUGGGGAAUUUGUUUUACGAACGCGGUGACAUGGAUGCCGCUCUGGCGGUCUAUCAAGAAGGACUCCAAGUCGAACGGGCCGUGCUGGAUACGUACCAUCCCAACAUUGUUGUCACACUGACCAAUAUUGGACAAAUUCACAAGUUGCGAGGUGAACAUCAAGCCGCACUCCGACUCUACAAGGAAGCCGUUUCGGUUCAACGGCAUUCAUUGGGUGCCUCGCAUCCCAACAUUGCCACGACUCUCUCCAGUAUUGCACUCAUUCAUUACCAGACACGAGCGUACACCAAGGCAUUGGAUGUCUAUCAAGAAGCACUGCGCAUUCGACGGGAUGCCUUUGGUGAUGUUCAUUUGGAUGUUGCUUCGACACUCAACUCGUUGGGAUUGGUACUCUUCAAGAUGCAACUCCACGAUUUUGCCCUCCAGUCGUUUCGAGAAUCCCUCCGCAUUCGACGAGACUUGCUCGGCAAUGAUCAUCGGGAAGUGGCCAUUAUUCUCUACAAUAUUGCCACCAUCAUGCUCGAGACGGGUGACGACGAAGAAGCACUCGUGUUUUACCGGGAAACACUGCGCGUCGAACGAGCGGCAUUGGGAGAAUCGCAUGCCGACGUGAUUGCCACUACACUACACUUGGGCCAAGUCCAUCAACAACGCGGGGAAUUGACCGAAGCGUUGGAGUACUUUGAACAUGCACUGCGCAUUCAAAGGGCAAAUCGGGGUGGCCCAGAAGCCAUGGCCACCACACUCAAUCAUAUCGGUAAUGUCCAUUUGCAACGUGGGGAUGCUCAAAGUCUGGUCCAGUCGUUUUCCCAAGCCACGCGGUUGUUGCGAGAUGCCGGCAAGUCCGAACAAGAUUUGGCCAUUUCUGGAUUCAACUUUUACGGGCUCUCCAAGAUGCAUCCCGAAUGUGCGCCCGUGGCGUAA